AUGCCCGUCAUAUUCAAGCGCGAUUGCUGGCGCGAAAAUGGCUACCAGUACUGCACCCGCUCGCCCUGGAAAGACUGGGUGCGCUGGGUAGUCGCCGUCAUCAUCGUCGUCCUUUUCUUCCUCCUCUUCGUCUUCUGCGCCUGCGUCACCGCACGUCGCCGCCGCCGCGCCGGCCAGCGACCCAUGUGGGGAACGGGCUGGGCGACACGCAACGGCCACGGCGAGCCCCAGUUCUACGGUUCUCAACCAGGCGGCCAGCAUCAGCAGCAGCAGCCUCCCUACCAGACCGCCGCGCCGUACUACUACCCGCAGCAGGGCGGCGCAGCCCCCGCUCCGCCCUACACGCCGCCGCCCGCCGGCGGCUACUACGCCAACGCCGGUUACGACCCGAGCUCGCCAUACCCGCAGCAGCCCCAGCCGGCGUACACGCACGACAACUCGCGCGCCGCGGAGAACGUGUACGAGCCGCCGCCUGGACCGCCUCCUGGAAAGGUGGAGAAUGGCGUCAUCCGGUAA